AGUAAAGAACUAACAAGAGUUUUAUAUUUUUUCUAGAUUGAGUUUCUUACCACUUCAAUUUAAAUUGCAUUCUAUUCGUUGUUGUUGUCAAAUAGCAACAACUAAUAAUGUCUCAACCAACAUCAGCAUCGCGUAUCACCGAAGAUAUAACACGUUUUAGAAGUGUUCAUCACUUACCCGAUGAUUUAGAAUCAAUGACCGGUGCCAUUAGUCAUUUACAGCAGCAAGCACAAGAAGUAAUGAGAAUGAAGCCGACAUGGCAAACAUACUAUCAAGGUCAAAUGAUUGGAAAAGAAGAUUUUGAUUUCAUUUCACAAUACGAUCAAAUGAACAGUGAGCAGCGAGCAAAACUACUACAAGAGCCAAACAUGAGAUAUCAGUGUGCAAAAACGUUUUUAACUUUAAUGUCUAAAUUAUUCAAACAACAAACGUUACGAUACGUAUUGACUCUCAUGGAUGAAUGUUUAAGAGAAGAUAAAAGUCGUGUUGAAAUAUUUAAUUCCUAUGCAAAAAUGGAAAAAGAACAAUUGUGGCCAUAUUUUUUUAAUAUGUUGACAAAUCGUGACCAGUUCGUUGUGCAUCAGACAAGUCGUAUCAUUGCCAAAUUAGCAUGUUGGAGUCAUGAACGUAUGCCCGUAUCCGAUCUUGGAUAUUAUUUGGCAUGGUUAAAAGAACAAUUAAAACCACAGGGUAAUGAUUAUUUACAAAGUGUUUGUCGUAGUUUACAAAUGAUGUUACGUAUCGAACAAUAUCGAGAAUCGUUUGUUUCAAUUGAUGGAAUAACAAAUAUUAUGCAUGUAUUGAAUAAUGCAUCUAUUGGAUUUCAAGUGCAAUAUCAAUUAACAUUUUGUUUAUGGGUACUUGCAUUCGCUCCAAAUAUUGCGUCAGUUAUGGCAAAAUACAAUGUGAUACCACGCUUAACAGAAAUAUUAACUGAAACAGAAAAAGAGAAAGUGACACGAAUGAUUGUUGCAUUUCUUCGUAAUCUAUUAGAAAAACCCGAAGAUGAAAAAGUGAUACGCGAAAAUGCUAUGACAAUGAUAGCGAGUCGACUUGUUAAACCGUUAGAAUUACUUAGUAGUAAACCAUAUGAUGACAAUGAUAUCAAAGAAGAUAUUGAAUUGAUAAAGGAAAAACUCGAAGGAAAUUUGUCCGAUGUCAGUUCUUUUGAUGAAUAUGCUCUUGAAAUUCGUUCUGGUCGACUUUCUUGGUCUCCCGUUCAUCAGUCAGAAAAGUUUUGGAGAGAUAAUGCAACCAAAUUGAAUGAUGCAAACUUUGAAUUGAUACGAAUGUUAUUGAAAUUGCUCGAACACAGUAAAGAGCCACUUGUAUUAUGCGUAGCUGCGCAUGAUGUUGGAGAAUAUGUACGACAUUAUCCACAUGGCAAAAAAACUAUUGAUAAAUUAGACGGAAAAGUGAUUAUUAUGCGUCUAUUAGAACAUCCUGAUUCUAAUGUACGAUACCAAGGUUUACUUUGUGUACAAAAAUUAAUGGUUCAUAAUUGGGAUUAUUUGGGUAAACAAGUGGAUUCGGAUUCAAAAUCGAGUGCAGCGAGUGGUGAAAAAAUGACGAAACGUAUGAAAUAUCCUUCUGUUAUUGAUCGUUAUUUUACAAAAUAUUUUCAACCAAAUGUUCACAAUGAGUAUGAGAAUGAUGUAAUGGUACUAGUUCAUUCAAAUCGUAUUUGUGUGUUAACAUUAUCUGAUCAACAUCCAAUAAUUAAACAACAACUAAAAAUUGAUUCAAUUGAAUCGUUAACAUCGAUUAACGAUCAAAUGAGUGGAAAAUCAAAACGUGGCGCUGAUUAUAUACACACCGAUAAACUAUUAUAUCGUAUAGUAUGUUCAAAUGGAAAAGUAUUUACAAUAUGUUCAAGUAUAAGAGGUCGUCUAAUUGAAAUGAAUGAUAAACUAUUAAUUAAACCAGAAUUAUUACAUGAACAACCACAUUAUUUAGCCAUAAUGAUACCAUCUCUAAAAGAUUAUGAAAUAAAUCUUCAACAGUUAUUAAAUGAAACAGAUUAUAUUUUAUUCAAAGAUAAACAAUCGAUUUGUGAUGUUGCAACAAACGAAUAA